CAGUGAACGAGACAUUGAGAUUCGAAUUGGCGGUGACGGCGGCGGCCAGCUUGGUGUGGUGUGGCACUCUGUCCUUUCACGGCGUCAUGCAGGAUAAGCUGGGCCAGCGAGUGAAGCAACUCAUAGACUCCGAGGAAUGGAAAGAACUUGAGGAUUUAAUUCUGAACACGGAAGACGAGUGGGUGCUGGAGAUUCUUGGGCGCAGAAUUCAUAGUACAGAAGGUGCCCAAUGGGUGGGAGGUAUUCUUUCUGCUCUCUCGUGUGAUACCAGAGAAAGUACUGCUCUUAGACUAAAGGUUUAUGAUAAUGUGUUGAAACAAGUACGAAAUGAAUCGAGCGGAAAUGACAAGACUGCAGGAGAGCUAAUAGGGGUGUUAAUGGUGCAUGUAGACACUUUCCCAACUAAUGCUAUUGUUUCACUAAUUAGUGAAUAUGUGGAAUACAUUGAGAGUGGAGCACCUCUCCAGGGAAGGUGGGUAGACUUGUUAGCAAAACUAAUUACUAGUGUGAGCCAGAAGGAGGAAGUAAGCAUUGGGGGCAAACAAAUGGCGGGUGAUGACUACCGUUACCAAGUUCUCAAAACACUCUGUGACCUCUCAUGGAGUGCUGAAACCACAACCAGCCUUCUACCAGUCUUCAAAGAUAUGGAACUGCCAAAGGAGGAGCUACAAGAUGUUAUUUUCAAAGUGGAAAGAGUGUUGAAGGUCGUAGACUAUCAGUCAGUGCCACCGAUUAUAUAUCACCUGAUUCUGUUAGUACGGAGUAAACUUCCUGGCCGCGUGUUGCAGGUUAUUAUUGAUUACUUUAAUACUCAAGAACAUAAAUUAUCUCGGAAGGAGAACAAGAGAAAUGAUGAAAUAAAUAGCAUGGAUGCUGAUUCAGAAGCAAUAGAGGACAGCAAGUAUAGUGAUCUUACUGAAGCAAAAGGCACUGUCAUACUUCAUGUGACACAUCAUGCCCAGUAUAAUCCAGCUCUUGUUCGUGAUUAUCUCAAGUUUAUUAAAUCUUCAACCUGGCUUCCUGAGAGGGUGAUUACGCCCUUCAACUUGGCACUAUCUCUGUCCUUGGCAUCCAUUGAAAAAUACCAGGAUCAGAUCCUAGAAUCACUCAAAUCUUGCCUGCUUAAGAGUUUUCGCCAGGAAGAGCGUAGUUUACAAUCGCAGUGGCUUCGGGAAACUUGGGGAGAAGAUUGUGAUGUCACUGCUGCAUUUAGAACUACUGUCGAUAAUUGCAUUAUGGGCUGGGAUCAGGUAAGUCAGGGAUUAGUUCACCUUGCAUUCAGUUUACUUGAAUCAGGAUCUGGUCCAAAGGGAGAGACUUAUGUAAGUCAGCAAGCUGUUGAGUUGGCUUCCAUUGUGCUCCCUCUCAUCGUCAGGAAACAGCCACAUCUUGCACGAUCAGUCAUCUCUCAACUCUCAAAUUUAAUCCUGUCAGCAUCCUCACCGAUUCAGUACAUUGAAAUCCUUGGAAAGCUGGCAAAGUCAUUACCUCUUGUUCUUCUUGACCAUCUUAAUGUGAUUCGGGAGCCACUAGAGUACUCGGAAUUUCUUUCAAUUGGAGCUGCAACUCACUUCUUGCAUGCACUUCUCCCACUCCUCAAGAUGAGCAUGACUCUCAAGGACACUCUUAUGAUUACACUGAGGAAGAUGCUCUUUUCUAAGAAAGUUGAGAGCCGCCAGAUUGCAGUGAAAGGAUUCCUGCAAUUUCUUAGACAUUUCCGAGUGAUGGGUGCACUUCCUUCGUCCCAAGCCUCCAUGUCUUUCUCUUCUUCAAUGAGUACAGUUAGCAUAAAUGCUGAUGUUCAUUCAAUUUUCAACAGUUCUACAAAUGAAGCUCUUUGCUUAGAAUUGCUUGGAGUAUUACGAAGAUGUUUUUCACAGCAGCAUGAGGUGAAGUCUACGUUCUACUUGGGACUUUAUGAUGUCAGCAGAACUAACCCAAAGCUAGUUGUGAACAUCCUUGAACUACUAAUACAGCAUAGCAAGUGCUUCUUGGAUUUAAGAGCAGACAUCUUUAAUCCCAUCAUCUUGAAGAAAGCUAUUGUUGUUCAGGGUGAAACAGUGAAACUCAUAGAACCCAUGGCAGAUUUGCUGUCUAGCUUAGCAGCAUGCAAAAACUACUAUGAAGAGCACAGAGCCAAUGACACUAGUGAAAAUGAUGAUGAUGAUAAUGCUAUAACAGUUCUAAAUGAAAUAUGCUCUAUGUUUGAUAUCUUGACAGAGAAGCUUUCUGGCUCUGGCUUGGAAGAUCUUGGUAUUGAUGCCAAUGGUGAUUUUUCAACUAGUUCGUCAUGUGGACAGAAAAAUAUUCUUUCUGCAAAAGUGAUGAUUGGUGUAUUUGAUAGCUUGAUAGAACAUGCUUUUACCAGUACAUCACAGACCACUCAUCAGAAAAUGCAGACAGUUCUUUCCCUUUUCAAGUCUCAGAGAAAGGUUGUAGAUCUGUUGAAGGAAAAGAGUGGGAAACCUGGCAAGAAAGAUGGGUCAAAAGGCAAAGGUCGAACUCCUACUAAACCUUCAGUUUCUAUAAAGAGUCACUUGAGCUUGCGAGCUACAGCAGAUAUGCUUGUUGCUUCACUGAAUGACACUAACACUGAUGACUCUGAGAGCAGCAACAUUUUGAAAGACAACCAUGAAUUACAGUUAUACCUAUUAUCUGUUGUGGAGGAGGUGUUGUCAUCAAUAAAGGGAAUGACUCAGUCAGACAGAGACAAAAUUUUACCCCAGCUGAGGACUGUUGCAAAAGUUCUGCUUCAUGAAUGUAAAAAUAACAUAGGGACUGCAGAUUCCUCAGAUGAUAGACAGGUGUUGAGACUGAGGCAGUGUUUACUGAUUCUAGCAUCUAUUUUUACCAUCUUUAAUAAAUUCUACAAACCUAAACUAGAAUCAAUAUUAAAGGAAAUGAUGGGUAAAAAUGAUAACAACAGUGUUGAUUCCCUUUUGUACAAAAUAACUAAACGACUUCAGAAAAUGCUAUUAAAAAUCCUACACCAUGAUGAGAGAGAUCCUUUGCUGAAAGAUGCAACCACAAUUGUCCACAUAAUGACAACAGUUACUCAAGCAAUGGAUCCUAAAUGUCCUGAAAUUAUAGAGAUCCAAGACUGGAUACUUCAGUUAUGCAAAGACCAAGAUUUUGGUCAUUGUGGGUUGGCUGAAUCUAUGAUGAAUCUUCUAAUAAGACUCUCUAACCAAAUUAAAUCCAACCAUAAUCUUACUCGUGGAAUAGCUAGGGAAUUGCACCACAAGCUUGGAGAUUUUGAACAAGGUGUUGAAAUUGAAGAAUCUGAUAAGUAUAAGAUGGUCACUGAAGAGACGUCAUCAGCCAUCUUGAUAAAUCUCCUCGUACACCUCGAUGACACAUUGGGUCUUGUAGAACUUGUUCUCAAUAAAAUGAAAGCAAGUGUUGUGUCAGGCACAGAUUAUGAUGUUGGCAAGAUUGAGAAGAAUAUUAGCAUAAAAUGCAGUAGUGUAAUUGUUUCUUUGCACGAAAUAAUCCAGUCAGCUCUUCCUCUUGGUGCAAGCACAGAUCAGACACUGAGAAUAGUGACGAAACUGUACAAUGUUCUGUCACAUUACGUUAAAUAUUACCUGGAUCUUUACCGCUUGAAAAAUUACACCCAGAUCUCAGACAAAUUUGAAAAAGUUGUUUAUAUGUCAGGAGACAUGAUUUCUGGUCCUGUGUAUCCAAUGAUAACUUAUAUUGAAGGGGUACAAAGGCAAGCAGGGACUAAAAAUCAAGGCACACUCACUGCUAGAGCCAUAAAAGAAUCAAAACUUAUACCUUCUCUAAUUUUUGCAAUUGAACAGUAUGAAAAACACUUAAUUACACUCUCUCGCAAAUCUAAAGUAAAUCUAAUGCAAGCUAUGAAGAUGAGUACAGCAAGAGAUUUUAGGAUCAUGCCAGCUGCUCUACUGGAGGUUUUGCAAAAGGAUAAUGAAGAGGAAGAAGAGUUGAGUGCCGGCGAUGAAGACAUUCCAGAAGAAGAAGAGACGGGUCAUGAUGAGCAAAGUUCAGAACAUGGUGAAGAUGAAGACAACAACAGACACAAAAAAGAGGAGCCUUCACCAGUAAAUAAGAAAAUUAAAGGACAGAAAAGACAAUCUGAAAGAGAAAAUGAAAAUGGUUCCAACUCUCAGAACCAAAUCAAUGAGCCACCCAGCAAGCAGAGAAAAAAAUCUCUUGGAAGAAAGAAAAAGUAGAAUUUUGUAAUCCCUUGAAAUAAUAACUACAGUAUACAUAUCACCAUAUAUAUGAAACAAAAUGUGGUGACCCCAUUACCCAGCUUCCCAUUCCCUGUGUUAUAUUGGUUAAGGGACCACACUGGAGACCCUUCUCACUAAAAGCAAAGUAUUUUAUUGAUUAUUUUUAUACAUGGGACUGAAGCCUCCCUCUCCCCCCUUCCCCCCCCCCCCAUCCCAUGAAAAUGGGGUCAUGAUAAUGAAUGAAUGAAAUAAUGAAUGUAAUAUUAAACAUUCCAUUGUAACAAGAAACAGUAUACAGUAUUUUAUUUGCAGAUAAAUAUUACAAAACAAAUUCUUGAUAAAUAUAAAAUCAUUUUGAUUGUUUACAUUAUAGUUUUAAUCCUUUCUCAGCAUAAUUGUAUAGUUAUUAUUUGAUGAAUUUGGCCUGUAUUUUAGGAAACUGAAUCAGUAUAAGCCAUACUGCACUUUAAUUCAUUAUAAAUUAAACAGGUCACAUUA